ACAAAUGCUAAAUAGAUGACCAUGUAUCGUAUGACCUCAUCAUUCCCCAACACUCCAGCAAAGUACGUUUCCAACUAUUAUGCUCGAAAUAUCUUGGUUUUUAGUAUAAAAUUCUUGAGCAGCAACACAUCAUCUUUGCUAGAAACUAAUCAGCGCAAUAUUAUGGCUCUUGCACUUACAUCCACAGUUCCUACCUCUCUUUACACCCACUUUAGGCUAACAUCUCAAGUCUUUAUCCCACCAGUAAAAUCUAUUUGUGGCCAAGUUUCGCACACCGUUCGAUGCAAUAUCGGUGUCAACCAGAAGACUUCUAAUGAAAAGAUUGUCAGGCGAUCCGCAAACUACCAACCUCCCAUUUGGGACUACGACUAUGUGCAAUCGCUAAAUAGUAAAUAUGUGGGAGACAAGUAUGUAACACGGGCAACGAAGUUGAAGGAAGAUGUGAAGAAAAUGCUUAAAGAAGUAGCGGAUCCACUGGAUGGACUUGAGAUCAUUGAUGACUUGCAAAGGCUAGGAGUGUUUUACCACUUUGAGGAGGAAAUCAAGAGAGUCCUUGAGAGCAUAUACAACAGCAAACGUGAUGGGAAUGAAGAUGGUUUGCAUGCUACAUCUCUCAAGUUUAGACUUUUGAGACAACAUGGUUAUGAUGUCCCUCAAGAGGUAUUUGACAAUUUUAUGGACGAGACGGGGCAUUUCAAGGCUUCCCUCUGUGAUGAUAUAAAAGGAAUGCUAUAUUCAUACGAAGCCUCAUUCCUUUCAUUUAGGGGUGAAAGCAUAUUGGAGGAGGCUAAAGAUUUUGCUACAAAAAAUCUCAAACAAUACCUUGAGAGAAAGAACAUUGAUCAAGAUCUUGCCUUGUUGGUCAGCCACGCCUUGGAGCUUCCACUACAUUGGAGGAUGCCAAGGUUGGAGGCAAGGUGGUUCAUCGAUUUGUGUGAGAAAAGACCAAAUAUGAAUCUUACGUUGCUUCAACUUGCUAAAUUGGAUUUUAAUAUGGUGCAAGCAACUCACCAAGAAGAUCUAAAGCAUGCAUCAAGGUGGUGGAACAGAACCGGUUUGGGAAACAAAUUGAGCUUUGCUAGGGACAGGUUGAUGGAGAAUUUCUUAUGGCCCAUUGGACAAAAUUUCAAGCCUCAAUUCUCAAAUUUUAGGAGAAACAUGACAGUUGUCAAUGCUCUUAUCACAGUCGUCGAUGAUGUCUACGAUGUUUAUGGCACACUAGAUGAACUAGAAAUUUUUACUGAUGCCAUUGAAAGGUGGGACAUCAGAGCAAUGGAACAAAUUCCAGACUAUAUGAAGAUAUGUUUCCUCGCAGUCUUCAACUCGAUUAAUGAAAUGGGUUACGAGACUCUUAAGGAGCAGGACGUUCACAUCAUCCCUCACCUCCAGAAAUCGUGGACAGAUAUGUGCAAAUCUUAUUUGAAGGAGGCAGAAUGGUACUACAGCGGAUACACACCAACCAUUGAAGAAUACAUGAGCAAUGCAUGGAUUUCAAUUGCAGCUCCUACGAUGCUAACUCAUGCUUACUUUUUGUGCACAAAUCCCAUCAAUAUGGAGGGUUUGGACUGGUUAGUGGAAUACCCCAAUAUAAUACGGUGGUCGGCCACUAUUUUACGACUUGCAGAUGAUUUGGGAACAUCACCGGAUGAGAUGAAGAGAGGUGACACUCCAAAAUCAAUACAAUGUUAUAUGCACGAAACUGGUGCAUCAGAGGAAGAUGCCCGGGAUCACAUCAAAUACUUGAUUGGGAAGACAUGGGAGAAGAUGAAUGAAGACCGAUUUGCAGAUUCUCCUUUCUCCCAAACUCUUGUUGAAAUUGCAAUGAAUCUUGCUAGGGUGUCCCAGUGCAUGUACCAAUACGGAGAUGGCCAUGCUGCUCAAGGUUGUGAGACUAAAGAUCGAGUGUUAUCUUUGUUUAUCAAUCCCAUUCCGCUUGAAUAUUAACAACAACACUAUUUAGAAUAAUGCUUGGAUAUGCGGACAGGUUAAUGCUUGGAUGCAUGCAUCGAUCUGUGUCUAAGUGAACGUAUCGGCUUUUAUUGUGA